AUGUCCCACUUCGCAGUGCCAGGCGCAAACAAGCCCUACAGAACUCAACCACAACCAAGUGGCAUGUCCUUAAAGCCUCGAUAUGGACGCUUGUAUCUCCCUCUUGUCGCUGCGAUAGGUCUCGGAUUCGCCGGAUACAACUAUUAUAGUGAAGCGAAGGACCGACAUGAGAUUAGGAUGCGCGAGGAGGAGAAACGACUAGCGAUGAACAGACAACUUAUGGACGCUUAUGGGAGUAAGGACAGCCUGACUGAUAUGCAACAGGCCCUUGAUGAGUAUCAUCGUCGGGCAUGA